AUGUUAGAGUUGUGUGACGUCCGAGUCUACUCUAAAGUCGCAAAAACCGAAGCACGGAAAAGCCAGAAGGAUACUACCAUCUCUGGAUGGCUAUGCAGCGGAGCGAAGGCAGAACCUGCGGAGACUGAUUUGCUCGCGCAGUUCAACACACGAUUAAAUAAAAGAUUGGGUAACGACAUCAUUCCCAAUUUUCAAAUCCUAUCAACUUGGAAGCUGUGGAUUACCAAGGUGUGGCUUGAAGAAGGAAAGGUUGUGUCACUUGGCAAGAAGCCAUUUGAGAUUCGCAAAAUAUGUGAUCGGAGUGACGAGAAUGUGACACCAUUUCUCAACCACAAGGGUAGAGUUUUUCGUCAGCGCUCCCUUGAACUGAUGACAUUCCCAAAAUCAGCUCUGAUUCUCGUUGCAUUUACCAUCACCAGUUGCGUGGGCAUCUACACAACAUUGCCGGGUGAUAAACGUGUUGUAAAAGCCAAAGAAAAUGAGAACUUUGAUUACAAGACCACUCUUCCUGGAACAUAUACCUACCUUUUAGCUGAUUCUUCCAACAUAACAUUAAAGAAUGGAGACUGUUCCUCUCCUCUGUUUCAAUGCACCUACGUACAAAGCUCUUCCGAUAUGAUGACAGUGACACUGAAGGGUAAAAUGUCAAGUGAAUUGAAGUGGGUAAUAUUUAUGGGGCCUAAGAAUAUAGUUCCAAUCACCGUUGUGUUCUUUGUAAACAAUACAUGGAACGAUUUGACCAUCGGCUCAAUUCAACCGCAAUAUUCAGUGCCAUUGAUAGUUCAGGCAAAGAACAGUCAUACGGUGACGAUCACAUGUUCCAUCUUCAGCACAACACCUUUGGCAACUCUAUAUACUGGUUUAAAAAUGGAAAGUUAUUAUCAGUUGCGGUUAUUUGCACCACCAAUUGAUAACACUUCACAUCAUCCACAAAUACUAAAUUUGGAGGUAAGAGACAUUCUCCUGCACAAGGUCUUAACGCUGACUGUGAGGCGGAAGGAGGCAAUCGACUUUUACACCUGCAAAGUGGGUAGAAAGUACCUCACCCACACAAUUGACUGGAAUUGCUUCAAAGUCUAUGCUACAGUUCUAAUAGCCUGUUUGCUACACAUCGGAUAUUAG